AUGUCGUCAUCUGGCGGCACUGCGAGCGCUUUGGACGCCUUGAAGGACGGUGAAGACGUGCUGCUCGACGAGGAUGCCGGCCUUCCAUGUCUGCGUGCGUCUACGUUGGUGUGCAACCUGGGAGGAAGUCGGCUCUUGUACGGAUCUUCCGACGGCGAGCUGCGCUGUGUGGACUUCUUUAAGUGGAUGAGCGGCGGUUGCGGUCCGCUGUGGACAAAGAAGCUUGAGCAGGGCGUUACCGCCGUCGCCAUGAGCAGCGACGACGCUGUGGUUGCCGCUGCGAGCGGCAACGUCGUGUCUUUCUACAGCGACGUGGGCGACCACCUGGUGAACACUAGUAAGGGUGACAUGUACCUGCUAGAUGCGCGCAAGACUCACGGUCACACUGCCAUGGUGACCUGCAUUUGCCAGCAGCCCCUGCACUCCAACCAGUUUACUUCAGGCGCCAUCGAUGGCACUAUUCGCACUUUUGACGUAGAGUCCCCGCGUCAGGGCGUGGCAAUGUCGAUUAACGCGUGUCAGACCUACGUACCCCGCGCAGCACGCGGCCCGCGUGCUCCGAUUAGGUCCCUGUGCUUCUCUCAGUUUAACAGUUCGUUCGUCGUGAUUGGCGGAACUGACCGCGGCGGCAUUCUAACAUGGGAUCAACGGACGGCGUAUCCGGCGUCAUGCUGCAUAGAUGCGCAUAUGUCUGCGGUGGGUUACGUGACAUCGAUCGACGACGGGACGCUGGUAACCCGCGACAACGAUGUCGUAAAGCUAUGGGAUAUGCGUAAGUUCAAGAGCGCAGUAAAGGAGUGUGCCGUGCCUGGAGGGGAUUGCGGUGGCGGCAUGGCUGUGAGCCCCGGAGGCUCUCACGUUGCUGUCGGCGAGGUCAUGCCGGUGAACCCGCGCAACAUCAAAGAGGGUUUUAAGGGUUGUGUGCGAGUCCUGUGCACGAUAACACUAGAUGUGGUCGAAACAUUUCGUCUGAAGGCGGCCCCCGGACCUAUGUGUUGGGCGUACGACUCGGCGCAGCUGUUUGCAGCAUGCAACGAUGGUCGGACGUGGUGCCGUGGUAGUUCGGAGGCGCUGGAAUCCAUGCACCUGUCCCGAGCGCGCGCUACGAUGCGUCAGAAGAGUGCCCAGUCACUUGUUACCACCGCUUCUGUGCAGCCGGAGGCGUAUCCCAUCGACCAGCUACCUGACAAUCUUGAGGAGGCAGAGGACGGCACCCUGAAGCGCCGCCGUGUACCUCGUCAAUACAAGAAGCCAGGCGCCCGAGAGGAGCCAGACUUGGAUUACGUAUCCUAUGGGCGCACCCCGGUAAGCUACGAAGACGAGGAUAUCGUCACGAAGCUUCGUGCGAUGGAGGGUGAAUCCGACAAGGUGUCGGCCGUUGCUACAGCCACUGGCGUCCAGCGCAUUCCGUACAAGGCAGACAAGUUCAUGCGCAUGUACAAAAAGACGCAGCCGGACCUGAUUUUGGACUUCACUGCGCCUGGGACAAAGGAAGAGAGCAUGUUGCAGGGCGUGCAGAAGUGCCCUCGCUGCGGCAUCAAAAUUUGCCAGUGCGGCUAUAUGGACAGCCGCAAGUAG